AUGGAGUCUUCAAAAGAAGUCAAGGACAUGACCAGUGUCUCUCCAGCAUCUGACCAAUCAGACAACGAUAGUGGCAGUGAGGAUCAUGGCAAGAAGCCUGUACCCCUGAGUAUGAAGAUACUCUCUGUCGUCAUCGAGCUUCACAUUUCAAACACCCAAUAUGCGGUCCUUGACACAAGUGAGAACUUUAUCAAGACUGCUCUCAUUCUCGUUAGUGGUGUUCUCACGGACCGCUACGGUGGUGCAAGCACCAUGCUCUGGGGAAACGCCGUCUUCAGUCUAGGAGCAAUCCUCGUCGCUGCAGCCACAACAGUCCGAAGCUACAAAUUCAUGAUUGGAGGUGCCGUCAUCCAAGCCCUCGGCGAUGUCGCAACCCAGGUCGCCCAGUACAAGAUCUUUUCCUCGUGGUUCCCUCCCUCUUCCGGCUUCGCAUCAACACUUGCCUUUGAACUCGGUAUUGGUAAAAUCGGUUCCUUUGUAGGAAAAGCAACGGCCAACGUGAUAGCUCAGAACCUUGGCGAUUUCAGCUGGGCGUAUUGGAUGGCCGUCUUUAUGAACCUAUUCACCAACGUCGCGACCCUCUUCUUUUGGUGGUUCACGCGAUGGUGUGAGAAGCGAUAUGCGGGUACUAGAGAUCCUGCUACGGGAGAGAAGUUGACGGAGAACAACAAGAAGUUUGAGAUUGGCAAGAUGCUAUCGCUGCCUUGGUCAUUCUGGAUGAUUUGCUUGUUUUCGCUCUUUCAGACCUCUACGGCUGGUAUAUUUGCGUCAAACAGCACGGAAUUGGCUGAGCAGCGCUUCAAGAUCUCGGCCGUCAAGGCAGGCUGGUAUUCGUCCAUGUCGCAAUACUUGGGCUUUUUCUUUGUGCCCUUGAUUGGUAUUUUUGUCGACAUGUUUGGGCAACGACUGACACUCAUGCUUGUUUGUGGAUGCGGUAUGCUCUUGUCCAUGUGCCUUGCAGCUUGGGGACCAACUGUGCCCGGAACGGCCGCGAGUUUUGGCAUCUUUGCCGUCGCUACGUCGUUUGGACCUACGGUUAUCAUCGACAGUAUCCGCACGAGCAUGUGGUACCAGGAAGUCUUUGGGUCGGGCUACGCGAUCAAGAUUGCGAUAAACAACAGCAUGACCAUCAUCGUGGGCGUCGUUGCGGGUGUCAUUCAAGAUCGCGAUGAUAACAGCUACGACAAUGUUACGAUUCUUUACGCGACAAUGGCUGCUGGUUCUGUGGUGGUGGCAUUGAUCAUCCUAGCAUUGGGUUUCGCCAGUGAUAUUAUGGGACAUUUGCAGUGGAGUCGCGGCAAGAGAGUCGAGAAUGGGCACAUCAUCAAUGCCAAGAAGGAAGAGGCUGAGAAAGAGGGACAAGAUGGAUGGAACCGCAAGUUGGGACUUGUCAACUUUGGGGCUGUUGUUGUGCUUAUUCUUGGUGCCUGGGCAGCUUACUUUUGGGGUCUGGCUACCAAGAAUACGUAUUGA